AUGUCUUUCCUGCCACUGUUGCCUCAAAGACUGCCCCAGAUUAUCAGGCAGGUGGAGCAAGAUGUUGAGACUGUAAUCCACGUCCUCCAGCCGGGUCCAAUAGGAAUUGUGGAGCACACAUUCGCAGACGCGGAGAUCUUCGAGGCCAGGGCCACACUGAAAAGAGCAGUGGAUAAUUGGCGAAUGAAUUGGACCCUUGAGAGAAAUCAUAGCAGCACUUCUUUUUGA